AGAUACAUCGAUUGCAAUGGUAGAAAUGAUGGCAUUUACGCGAUUGGUUGCAGUCAAAUAUUUGUGCGUUGUUAUUUGGGUCAAAUAUAUAAUUUGAAAUGUCCUGCCGACUUGAAAUUCAAUCCCGACUCAAUGAAGUGUGAUUUGACUGAUAAUAUUCCACUAUGCCAAAACGAGAUCAGCACAGAUCAAAGCACUCAAACAGCAGCAUCGCCAAUCGAUUGUUCAUCACUUCCUGACGGCACCUAUGGAAAUGGUCAAUGCUCGGAAUAUUACAUAGCAUGUCAUCAAGGUAGAAUGGCAUCGAUGCGUUGCCCAUCGAAUCUUUACUACAACCAAGUUUCAAAGCAAUGCGACUUCAAGAAGAACGUCAAAGAAUGUAUCACCGAAGAGAACACACCCAGCAAUGGACUACCUGGUAUGGAUGUUCAAAUGCCAGUGCAACACCAAACACAACAAUCACAAUUACCUCAACAAACACACACUCAAUCAGACUCUUUCCCAAGCUUUUCUUGUCUCAACAAGGCGGAUGGUGUUUAUUCACCACAAGAUCAGGGCUGUGUUGAUUUCUUCUGGAUGUGCACUAACAGUAGAACGUUCAAAUCAGCUUGCCCGAGAGGACUUUAUUAUAACAGGAACACAAAACAAUGUGACCAUAAGUCGUCCAUUGCAGAAUGCAAUCAAUUCCAGCCGAUAACCGCGUUUGUUUCCAAUAAUAUUCUUAAUCCAUAUCAAAACAAGGGAGUUGCUUACGAGCAAUCCUGUCCCAACGGUUUGGUGUACAAUCGUAUGAUGGGUUUAUGUGAUCAUUAUGACAACUGCAUUAGAGCGGUGAAUCCAAACACGCCUAUGCCUAGUCAAAUAGCACCAGUAGCCGCAGAGGGCUUCCCUCCGUUAGAACCCGGACCUGUCAUCAUACAACAACCAAUCUCCACAACUCCUGCAAAAGAAAUGGACUGUACGAAUAAACCGGACGGUUUCUAUUCAAUCGGAUGUAGCGCAAACUACUACGCAUGCGCCGGAGGAUCUAUGAGUACUUUCACGUGUCCCGCAAAUCUCAAAUACGAUUCCGUUAUGAAAGUGUGCAAUUAUGCUGAAAAUGUACCCGCCUGCAGAGCAGCGGAGCCUGCAAAAGUGCCGUAA